AUGAUCGCUGGUUUCGAGAUUCUGAGAGCCUGGCGCGGUAAGAGAACCAACAUCGACUAUCCCGGCCAUCUUUCCGGACUUGCAACCGGCGUGUUUGCGGGUCUCUACGUCCGCUACAAGACUGCUGCCACCUCAAUGACUCGUAAAGAGUUCACGCCCGUGCAACCCGAGCAGCCCACAAACUAA